CCUGUGUGUCAGCUGACUGCGCCGAGGGCUGAGCUCUUCCCAAUUUACUCCGUGAACUUUGUGUGACAUCACCGGACACGCUCGGAGCGUCCAAACUUAUCAUUUGGCGCGCAUGGAGCGCGCGUAUGCACGCUGGGCGAUUUUGCGCACUUUUCCUCGUCGCGAUGAAGCGCCAUUAUGGCGAGGAGUAGCAAGUCGGCAGCGGCGAGGACUCUGGAGGAUUUGACUCUGGACUCGGGUUAUGGUGGAGCCGCCGACUCCUUCAGGUCUUCCAGCGCGUCUCUGUGCUGCUCGGAGGCGCAUGGGGGGAACUGCUGGCAACUGACGGACUCCAUGCACAGUCGAAACAACAGCCCGGACACUGUCAACACGGUUCUGGUCGAAGACGCCGAGAUCCUGGAGUGCGGCGGCCAGUGCGCGAAACUAGCCGAGCUUGAGGAUGUGCCGUGGAGCCUCGGGGAGGUGGCGAGAGCCCUGGAGACGGCCGAGGGAAUGAGCGCGCCGAGCCCGCCGCAGGACGUCCUGCUGCGGCUGUCGGCGCUGGCCGGCCGGGCCCUGGUCAGGGUCGCCAAGGAGGCGCAGCGCUUGAGUUUGCGUUACGCCAAAUGCACCAAAUACGAGAUCCAAAGCGCCGCCAAGAUGGUCCUGUCGUGGGUCGUCUCCGCGAACUGCAUCGGCGCCGCCCUCGGCGCCCUGUCCCUGUACAACAUGAGCACCGACGACGACAAGUUCGGCCGCGGCAAGUCCGUGCGCUGCGGGCUCAUCUUGAACGUGGGCAAAUUCUUCAGGUGGAUGGUGGAGAGCAGACUCGCGGCCAGGAUCCACGAGCACGCCGCCAUCUAUCUGGCGGCCUGCAUGGAGAGCCUCUUCCGCCAGAUGCACGCGCGGGCGCUCCGCAGUGCGCUGCUGCGACGGGACAACGGGAUCCCCAAGUUGAGCGUGGAGAGCCUGGAGCAGGCCGUCGGCGGCGACGCCGAGCUGUGGGGGUCGCUGCAGCACUGGCAGCACCUGACCUGCGGGAAGAACGCCAGUGGUGUGCUCAGCCUACCUGAAGGUUUGACUCUGCAGCAGCGAGACGCAAAGAACGGCGAGGGGAACGCCUGCAGCCCAUCCGAAGUGCGCUCCGUUGAACAGUGCUUACUGGCCACACGAGUCGGCAGCAUCUCUGAACUCAGUGAUAUGGUGUCACGGGCUAUGCACUACCUACAGCCACUGUACACCAAGAACCACACUAAUGGGACACCCAUCCACCAGAAGAGUGCAGUAAUACACUGGGCCCCCGAGGCCAUCUACACACUGUGUUACUUCAUGCACUGCCCCCAGAUGGAGUGGGAGAACCCCAACGUCGAGCCAUCAAAAGUUACCUUACAAACUGAGAGGCCGUUCAUGGUGCUGCCGCCUCUGAUGGAGUGGGUACGUGUGGCUGUUGUUCACACUGAGCACAGGCGGAGCUUCUCUGUGGACAGCGAUGAUGUUCGGCAGGCUGCCAGGCUGCUGCUGCCUGGAGUGGACUGCGAGCCCCGCCAGCUCCGAACGGAUGACUGCUUCAGCGCCUCAAGGAAACUGGAUGCUGCCUCAACUGAGGCAAAGUUCCUGCAGAACUUGGGCUUCCAUAUGCUCAGUUGCGGACGCACAGACCUGGUGAAGCAGGCUAUCAACCUGCUGGGUCCGGAUGGUAUCAACAGCAUGAGUGAGCAGGGGAUGACCCCGCUCAUGUAUGCUUGUGUCCGCGGAGACGAGGCCAUGGUGCAGAUGCUGCUGGAUGCUGGAGCUAAUAUUAACAGUGAGGUGCCCAACACAGUGCACAAGCACCACUCAGUCUUUCCCGAAACGCGCCAGGCGACGCCCCUCACUUUUGCUGUGUCACAUGGACAUGUGCCUGUGGUGCAGCUGCUUCUGGAUGCCAAAGCCAACGUGGAGGGCUCCCUGCAGGACGGGAUGGAGAACUACACCGAGACCCCGCUGCAGCUGGCUGCUGCCGCAGGUAACUUUGAGCUGGUGAGCCUGCUACUGGAGCGGGGGGCCGACCCCAUGUUGGGGACCAUCUCUCGCAAUGGCAUCUCCACUGCGCCACAGGGAGAUAUGAACUCUUACAGCCUGGCAGCUGCACACGGCCACAGAAAUGUUUUUCGGCAGCUGUUGUCUCACACGGAGAAAGGCAAAGGAGACGUCUUAUCCCUGGAAGAGAUUCUGGCAGAAGGAUCAGAGCCGGAGGGAAGAAGUUCAUCUGAGACGGACCUAAUCCGUACAGGGAAGGCCAAACUGAAAGCCCUAAAAGAAGCCAUGUACCACAGUUCAGAACACGGACAUGUAGACAUCACCAUAGACAUACGGAGCCUUGGGGUGCCGUGGACUUUGCACACGUGGCUGGAAUCUCUGCGCACAUGUUUCUCCCAGCAUCGACGUCCACUGAUCCAGGGUCUUCUCAAAGAAUUCAUCUGCAUCGAGGAAGAUGAGUACACCGAGGAGCUCAUCACGCACGGCCUGCCUCUCAUGUUCCAGAUCCUCAGAGCCAGCAAGAAUGAAGUGAUCAGCCAACAGCUGUCAGCCAUCUUCACCCAGUGUUACGGGCCCUACCCGAUCCCAAAACUGGCAGAGAUGAAACGCAAACAGUCAUCACGCCUCGAUCCUCACUUCCUGAACAAUAAAGAGAUGUCAGAUGUGACUUUUUUGGUGGAGGGGAAGCCUUUUUAUGCCCACAAAGUCCUGCUCUUCACAGCCUCCAACAGGUUCAAAGCUCUUCUUGCAAAUAGGCCUUGUGGUGAAAACACCUGCAUUGAAAUUAGCCAUGUCAAAUACCACAUUUUUCAGCUUGUGAUGCAGUAUCUCUACUGUGGAGGAGCAGAUGCUCUGCACAUUAGGAACCCUGAUGUUAUGGAGCUUUUGUCGGCGUCGAAGUUCUUCCAGUUGGAGGGCCUGCAAAGGCACUGCGAGAUGAUCUGCACGAAGAACAUAAACACAGAAACUUGCGUGGAGAUCUACAACCACACGAAGUUUUUAGAUGCACCAGACCUGGCAUCCUACAUAGAGGGCUACUUCCUAAAGAACAUGGUCAUGCUGAUAGAGCUGGAGCCUUUCAAACAGCUGCUGUAUGAAGUACCUCCAGAUAGUCCCAGCUUUAACAUCCUGCAGAACUUGGAGAAAACGCUGGCUGUCCGCAUCCAGUCCAUCCACUUGUCCUCAUCCAAGGGAUCCAUUGUUUGAACUCCUAAACUUAUAAAAACAAUUGCAGACUUGGAAACGCAAGGGAUGAAUACAACUGGAGUAUCUUUGCAAUAAAAACACAAAUAUACGUGUGUGUGUGUGUGUGUAUAUUAUAUAUAUAUAUAUAUAUAUAUAUAUAUAUAUAUAUAUAUAUGUAUGUCUGUGUGUGUGUGUGUGUGUGUGUGUGUGUGUGUGCAUGGGCUGCCUUGUUGCAGUUUGUUGUCAGCCUCUUGAUGCUUUUUAGCAGACACUCAGUUCUGGUGGAGGCUGUCUCCUCUGGCGUAGUGGUGACAAUCAUACAAUAGCUAUACUUUCCCACAAAAUGGACAAUAACAAAAUACGAUUCAUCUCAUCCAAAUACUUCUCAGCUCAUUGCUGUUUAUUCCAUGAUGAUGUUGACCUGUGGACACGGACGGGACGGGAAGGAUGCGGUUCCAUGUUUUGAGAUAUUUGGGCUUUUUUAUAAACCGAUAUACCACUGAUGAUCCUUCCUGGGCUGUGAGGAAGAGUUGCUGGUGUCUAAUGUUGUGAUUACUUGCUAAUGCAUUUGUGGUAAGUAAUAUAUUUGUACUGUCAGUCCUGAUGAUUACUCUUUAAGGCCAAAUAGCUGACCUGUAACAUAACAUAAAGUGGCGUCCAUCAUGUUUUAUGUGGAAAUCAGAAAUUCAGUUUCCUCAAUAGUCUGUAAAUAUUGUUGAUAAAAGCAGUUCUAUCAAUAAUGUAAGUCACUGUAUAUAUCCACAGAUGUUUUCUCAUGUGUCUUACUGUUGAGUAUUGCUGUUAUAACAACAACAAAAAGAAUCUUAUCUAUGUGUAAAUGUCGCAUGUCAAAGGGAGCGUGUUGGAGGAUUGAGGCCUUUGCUUUGUCUAAGCGUGAGUCAAAAGUGAGUAUUGAUUUGUCAUCAGCAUGGGUCACUAAAUGUGUCACAAAACCUCAA